AUGACCUCAGUUUGGGAAGAUAUACAAAUAUGUGAAGGGCCUGUAGACAUCACUAACAACUUGCCUGAAAACGCCAUCCGACCUCUACAGCUAAUUCAGAAUGCUGCAGCACGACUGGUCUUCAACCUCCCCAAGUUCUCCCACACUACACCACUCCUUCGCUCCCUCCACUGGCUGCCAUUGGUUGCCAGAAUCAGCUUCAAGACACUGGUACCGGCCUACCAAGCUGUGAAGGGAUCAGCCCCUUCCUAUAUCCAGGCCAUAGUUAAACAAUACACUCCACACGGGAACUUCGUUCAGCAUCAGCCAAUCGGCUUGCUACUCCUUCACUGCGAGUGGGACCCAGAGACCCAGCAGAGACCCCAGCAGAGACCCCACCAGAGACCCCACAGAUACCCACCAGAGACCCCACCAGAGACCCCACCAGAGACCCCACCAGAGACCCCACCAGAGACCCACCAGAGACCCCACCAGAGACCCACCAGAGACCCACCAGAGACCCCACAGAGACCCACCAGAGACCCCACCAGAGACCCACCAGAGACCCACCAGAGACCCCACAGAGACCCACCAGAGACUCCACCAGAGACCCCACAGAGACCCACCAGAGACCACACAGAGACCCCACCAGAGACCCCACAGAGACCCCACAGAGACCCACCAGAGACCCCACCAGAGACCCCACCAGAGACCCCACCAGAGACCCACCAGAGACCCACCAGAGACCCCACAGAUCCCCACCAGAGACCCCACCAGAGACCCCACAGAGACCCCACCAGAGACCACACAGAGACCCCACAGAGACCCCACAGAGACCCCACCAGAGACCCCACAGAGACCCCCCAGAGACCCACCAGAGACCCCACAGAGACCCACCAGAGACCCCACAGAGACCCACCAGAGACCCACCAGAGACCCACCAGAGACCCCACAGAGACCCCACAGAGACCCACCAGAGACCCCACAGAGACCCCACAGAGACCCCACAGAGACCCCACAGAGACCCCACAGAGACCCACCAGAGACCCCACAGAGACCCACCAGAGACCCCACAGAGACCCACCAGAGACCCCACAGAGACCCCACAGAGACCCACCAGAGACCCCACAGAGACCCACCAGAGACCCCACAGAGACCCACCAGAGACCCCACAGAGACCCACCAGAGACCCACCAUAGACCCCACAGAGACCCCACAGAGACCCACCAGAGACCCCACAGAGACCCACCAGAGACCCACCAGAGACCCACCAGAGACCCCACCAGAGACCCACCAGAGACCCCACCAGAGACCCACCAGAGACCCACCAGAGACCCCCACAGAGACCCACCAGAGACCCCACAGAUACCCACCAGAGACCCCCACAGAGACCCACCAGAGACCCACCAGAGACCCACCAGAGACCCAACCAGAGACCCACCAGAGACCCCACCAGAGACCCACCAGAGACCCCACAGAGACCCACCAGAGACCCCACAGAGACCCACCAGAGACCCACCAGAGACCCCACAGAGACCCACCAGAGACCCACCAGAGACCCCACAGAGACCCACCAGAGACCCCACAGAGACCCACCAGAGACCCCACAGAUACCCACCAGAGACCCCACCAGAGACCCACAGAUCCCCACCAGAGACCCCACAGAGACCCCACAGAGACCCCACAGAGACCCCACAGAGACCCACCAGAGACCCACAGAGACCCACCAGAGACCCACCAGAGACCCACCAGAGACCCCACAGAGACCCACCAGAUGACCCACCAGAGACCCACCAGAGACCCACCAGAGACCCACCAGAGACCCCACAGAGACCCACCAGAGACCCACCAGAGACCCACCAGAGACCCCACAGAGACCCCACAGAGAUCCACCAGAGACCCCAGAGACCCACAGAAACCCACCACAUACCCACAGAGACCCACCACAUACCCACAGAGACCCACCAGAGACCCCACAGAGACCCACCAGAGACCCCACAGAUACCCACCAGAGACCCCACCAGAGACCCACCAGAGACCCACCAGAGACCCACAGAGACCCACCAGAGACCCACCAGAGACCCACCAGAGACCCACCAGAGACCCACCAGAGACCCCACAGAUACUAGACCCCACCAGAGACCCACCAGAGACUCCACAGAGACCCACCAGAGACCCACCAGAGACCCCACAGAGACCCACCAGAGACCGACCAGAGACCCCACAGUGACCCACCAGAGACCCCACAGAGACCCCACAGAGACCCCACAGAGACCCCACAGAGACCCACCAGAGACCCCACAGAGACCCACCAGAGACCCCACAGAGACCCACCAGAGACCCCAGACCACAGAGACCCCACAGAGACCCCACAGAGACCCACAGAGACCCCACAGAGACCCCACAGAGACCCACAGAGACCCACCAGAGACCCACCAGAGACCCACCAGAGACCCACCAGAGACCCACCAGAGACCCCACAGUGACCCACCAGAGACCCCACAGUGA